CUGUACCUUUAAGAACAGGGGGGAAGUGAAGCCUGCUCUUUAGUUUCGUUUCCCUCACGCGAGUUGUAUUUAAGCUUUAACCUGACAUUUGAAAAGGGGAACUGCAGACAGACGGGGUUCAUCUCAUAGACAUGCACUGUAUUUAAUGCUCUUAAUGUUGUCUUCUUGGUAAAGCUGUCUCAACUCUUACCACUAAAACAUGAUGGAGGCAUCCGACACAGAAAACCUGAUCCAGGAGGACGGGGUCCCCCCGGUCCUGCCCAACUACGGCGGCAUGAACGAAGCCAAGGAGGGCACCAUCAACGGCCAGAUGGAGGAGUUCCUUGGCCCACAAGCAGAGUACGAUGAAGAGGAGGAGGAGCGGAAGUACUAUAGAAGGAAGAGGUUCGGGGUGAUCAAGAACGUGGUGGCUGCCAGCGUUGGAGGCAUGAUAGUGUACAGUGUUUACAUGGGCCUCCUGCAGAUGCAGUUGAUCCUGCAUUACGACAUCACAUACCGGGAGGUGAAGUACAGCAACCUGGGCCUGCAGGACAUCGACCAGAAGAUGCUGAUGGGAAUCAACGUGACACCAAUCAUUGGCCUACUCUACACUCCCAUCCUCAUCAGGUUCCUGGGCACCAAGUGGAUGAUGUUCCUGGCCUCUGGGAUCUAUGCCCUGUUCGUGUCGACCAACUACUGGGAGCGCUACUACACCCUAGUGCCGUCGGCCGUCGCCAUCGGGGUCGCCAUCGUUCCCCUGUGGGCCUCUCUGGGGAACUACAUCACAAGGAUGGCCCAGCAGUACUACGAGUUUGUGAACUACAAAGACGAGCACGUGCAGGAGCAGAAGAAGUUGCCAAAGGGCGCCUGCCAGACAUACAUCAUCGUAUUCCAGUGCAUCUUCUACAGCUUCUUCUUCCUGAGCUUGGUGUUUGCAGAGUUCCCCCUGAGGCUCUUUCUCCACGAUUCUCUCCAGAACUACAAUCACACCCUCUACAAUGUCAAGCACUGUGGAGCGGAAAUCAGAGGCCUGAUCCCGGGCUUCAACAGCACCGUCCUCAUCACUCUGCCUCGGUCCAUGAUGCUCAUCAAGGUGGAGAGCAUCCUCAUGGCGUUCGCCUUCAUCUCCAUGAUUAUCUUCCUGGUGCUGUGUGGUCCCGCCUACCGCCCCACCGAGGAGAUAGACCUGCGCAGCAUUGGCUGGGGGAACAUCUUCCAGCUGCCAUUCAAACACCUGAGAGACUACCGGCUCCGCCUCCUCUGCCCCUUCUUCAUCUACAGCGGCUUCGAGUCUGUCUUCGCCAUCAGCGGGUUCGCUUUGUCCUACGGGGUGUGUGUCCUGGGGCUGAAGCAGCUGUGGCUGUUGGUGGUGUGCUACGGCCUGUCCGGCUCCGUGUUCUCCCUGCUGUCCCUGGUCCUGCUGCGGCUGCCGCGCUGGGUGACGCUGAUAGGGGGCGCUGCCGUGCACUUUGUCCUGAUCAUAGCGCUGAUGUGCUGGUCUCCCGGGCCGCGGCAGCCCGCCUACCUGGCCCCCAUGCUGAUCUUCAUCGUGCUGUGGGGCCUCGGGUCGGCCCUGAACAAGACGGGCCUCAGCAUCAUCCUGGGCAUGCUGUAUGAAGACAAGGAGCGUUUGGACUUCGUCUUCACCAUCUACCACUGGUGGCAGGCCAUCGCCAUCUUCGUCAUCUAUCUCUGGUCCACCUUGCCCAUGAGGGCCAAGCUCGCCAUCCUCCUGGUCACGCUGCUGGUGUCCUGCUACUGCUACGCCGUCAUGGAGCGCCGCCUGGCCAACAAGAUGCCCUUCAGACUGCCCCGGAUCCCCCGCCCACGCCACAAGGUCAAGGGCUACCGGUACCUGGAGGAGGACAACUCGGAUGAGUCAGACUCGGAGCACAGCGGGGAGGAGGACAAGGACGAGGAGGAGGAGAUGCUGGUGCAGGAGGAGGAGGAGGAGGAGCCGGAAGGCGGGAGGGGGGCGGAGGGCUGGGACGGGGGCUCCCAGGGCUCGGGGUCCCCAGGGGGCCGGGGUCGCCACCGGCGACGGGAGGGCCAGGGGCGGAGGGUGGAGCGGGAGGGCAGGGAUGAGGCGUGAGCGCGAGGGGAGCCCAAUACCCCAAAUACCCUAAAUUGCAUUUUACUGCAUGUUACUCCCGUGUACCACGUGUGGUUGUGCUUUCUAAAUGUAAUUUACUGACGCAAAUGCCGUUUGGAAAUGUUUAGCGUAGUGUCCGAAUUCUCGUUUGUUCGUGCCCUAUAUAGUUCCCUAUAUCAUAAACGCCAUAUAGGGAAUAGUGAGUGAGGGGAUAGGGAACGGUUCCCAACACAGCUGAUGAGUUGACGACUUAACGUGUCACUGUGGGUUGGGGUCACCGGGACAACGACAAUGGGAUGAGGAUUGCUUAUUACGUUGCAUUCUUUUUUCAGGGUCGGAUAUGGUACGAGCGUCUUUUGCUUUUGAAUGAGAAAUAUGAUUUUUAUAUGGAGGAUUAGCUUGUGGGAAGACUUUAGGAAAAAUGAAGAAAAUAUUUAUUUUUAUUUCAUUUUCCCACAAGUGAUGUGCAAUUUUUCUGAUUUGGUUAUUAUUGAUAACAUGACAAGGGUUGACGAGGUACUUAAUUGUCUUUCAUUGUAUAAAAUACGAAUUGACUUACUUUGCUUUCUUAACCAUCGCAUUUCACUGUGUUUUUUUUUUCAACUUUUGCUCAUUUUGUAAAUAAAGCCCAACAUAAAACUUGAAAAAAUAA